ACGCAUGGUGAUGGUACUGCGGCGGUGCGCACGCGCACAGAUUCAGUCGCGCGCUCGAUACCGACCAACCAAACCGUGUUUUCCUUGCGCGGACUUUCCGUUUCACGCAAUGUCGACUUCUAUCGAAACAAGUUUAAAAAAUAAGAUCAAGGAUGCAGUGGAGAUCCCCCUACUGACGAGAUGUUGCUUCUGUUUCCCCUUACGAAAGGGCCUGAUAGCCUUCGCUUACAUCAAUUUGACUUUGACAGUGAUUGUGACAUGUUUCCUAUCACUCUAUAUAUCAUACAUCCGCAACGCUUCGGAGGUUGAGCAGAUGUCGCUUGCCUCAGAGUACGCGAGACUCAUCACAGAUGUCGUAGCUUUGUUGAUAGAACUCAUCAUGGCUGUCACUUUCAUCGUCGCUUUGCACAGGAAACACGUGCUGCUCAUGAAGGUGUAUUUGUAUUUUGAGAUCGUCUAUUCAAUAUUCGGCUUCGUGUACAGUAUCGCCUUCCUCACAAAGGAGACAGCCAGCGAGCUCUUCUUGGAGCUGUUCCAGCUAACGCUCCAAGUGUACCUGGUGAUCCUAAUCAGGAGUUCGAUUGUGAAGAUGGAGAGAGACGGUUCAGUGAAAUAUUCACGAGAAAGGGACCCUGCCUAGUUGUACAUAAUAUCCUUACUAGAUAUCUAUUAUCAAGUUAGUUUUAAGUCUAUAUUAAGGAACACGUAUAAAAUUGUAAAUAAAUAUGUUUAAAUAAUGAAAUUUUUAUUAGACAUUUUUAAACUGGCGAGAUUUACCUGGUAGUAAACGUUGAUGACAGCUAAAGAACGCUCGCCACACCUGAGAACGUCUAUACAUAAAUUCUUUGCUAGAUUAAAAAAAAAGGG